AUGUCUCUGUUGCUCAAGGGCUCAUCGCUGCUUUUGUUGUUUGCGCUCGUCAGGACUGCUGUGACUUAUCUUCGUCGUCGAACGCUCAAGGACUUGCAAGGCCCUCCGACUACUUCAUUCUGGCUCGGAAACGAGAAGGACGUCCGCUUUCAGAAUGAAGUGGGCGACGUCGAGUUUAAGUGGCUUCGCCAGUACGGUACGGCCUGGCGGUCGACGGGCGUCAUGGGGGAAGAACACCUUACCAUCGCUGAUCCCAAGGCAAUGCAAUAUGUCCUGCACACAUCAGGAUACCACUUUCCUAAGCGCAAGGACGUGAGGGCGAUUGUGAGGUUUAUCACUGGGGAUGGAAUCGUUUGGACGGAGGGCGAGGACCACCAACGCCACAGGAAGGUUAUGAACCCUGCGUUCAGUUCUGCACAAUUGAAGGGCUUUGUGACACUCUUCCAUAGAGCUGCGGCAAAGUUGACGCAGAAGUGGAAAGACGAGGCGAUUGCGACCGAUCCUAAUGGCGCUCCCACCAUAGACAUCACGAAAUGGAUGUCCCGUAUGACGCUCGACGUUAUCGGUGAAGCAGGGUUCGAUUACAACUUUGGCGCCCUUGACAACUCGGACAGCGCUCUCUCCGCCGUAUACAAGAAUCUCUUCAUCGACUCGACUCUCUAUCCCUCCAAAUUCGACAUGGUCUUCAAGUCUACAUGGCGCUACCUGCCGGAGCCUAUCCUCCACCUCUUUCGUUACCUUCCAGGCCGUGAGUACACCCGCUUCAGGCAUUAUCUCGACUUUGUCAGGAAGACGGCCAGGGAGGUCGUCGAGAAAAGCGAGGAGACAGGCAACGGGAAGGAUAUCAUCAGUAUUCUUAUGAGGGCGAACAACUCUGAGAACCCAAAGACGAAGUUGUCUGAUGUUGAGGUUGUCGAUCAAGUUUCGACUUUGUUGCUGGCGGGCCACGAUACCACCGCGGUUUCUAUCACCUGGCUUCUUUGGGAGCUCGCGAAGCAUCCUGAGUACCAGAUCAAGAUCCGCGAAGAGCUCGCCGCUGCCAGGGUAGAGGCCACUGCUCGUGGUGAUAGCGACUUCAGCAUAGCGGACCUUGAAGGACUCACCAUGCUUCAGGCUGCAUUAAAGGAAGGAAUGCGUUUGCAUCCAAUCGUCUGGACGUUGGUUCGCUCUGCAGGUAGAGACGAUGUGAUUCCGCUUGCAUACCCCAUCACUACGAAUUCUGGGGGGCAAAUUUCUGCCAUCCCCGUCAGCAAAGGGCAAAACAUCCAAAUCUCUAUCUGUACCUACAAUAGGUUGCCACAAGUGUGGGGCGAUGAUGUGGACACGUUCAGACCGGAACGAUUCCUUAACAAAGAUAAAGAUGGACAAGUGUCGGUCGGCGUCUACGCGAAUUUGCUCAACUUUUCUGGUGGUCUCCGCGGAUGCAUUGGUUGGAGAUUCUCCGUCCUUGAAAUGCAAACCAUGCUCGCCGGUCUCAUCGAGAACUUCCACUUCACCUUGCCUGACAACGCUAAAGAGAUGCAGAUUUUGCGCAAGCCCACUGGGCUUAUGGUGCCAAUGGUGAAGGAUCAUAUGGAGCUUGGGUCAUGGAUGGGCUUGAAGGUGACGAGUGUGCGGUGA